AUGCCUGUGACCAUUAUCACUGAACACAAGCCACUGGUUCACGUAUUUAUGCCGUCGUACAAGCUAGCCUCAGCUAGUCUCCGAGUACAGCGCCUGGUGUUGAAAGUGCAAGACUUGACCCUAACCGUGCAAUAUCGCCCCGGCAAGUUGAAUCACAUUGCUGACGCAUUGUCCAGGCUGCCGGCUGAGGAUGCUGACCCGAGUUUCCUUCUCGUCCAUGCUGUCACCGUGGCAGACGGUGUUUCAGCACAUCGCCAGUUGAUUGCCAGAGAAACAGCGCGUGACUCUACUCUGUGCUCAGUGCGAGAUGCGCUGCGAUCGGGUAAAUGGCCGUCGGCGACAGAGCUCGCACCGUACCAAGCCCUUAGUCCGGAACUUAGCGUGUGGCCCUUUCCGAACUCGUCGGACUUUCUCAUUCUGAGAGGGGAAAGAGUGGUGAUUCCAGCAUCGGUAGCUCAACACGUACUGAACCUGGCUCACGAGGGACACCUUGGUCGAGACAGGACACUGGCUCAACUCAAGGAGACUCAAAGCGCCUUCUUCAGCCUUCUGGACUUGUACAGUCGGUAUCCAGCAGUUGUCCGCUUACCAGCUGAGAAGACCAGGGACAUCAUCAAGGCGCUGGAGCAGAUCUUCACGCUGUUCGGCAUGCCACGGCACGUCAUCUCUGACAACGGUGCACAGUUCUGCAGCGACGAGUUGCGCAACCAGCUUGAAUCGUGGGGCAUCAGCCACGAACGCACUGUGCCUUACACACCACGUCAGAAUCCUGUUGAGCGUCUCAACCGGACAUUGAAGCAACAUAUGCGGAAAUCCGGCAUGCCACGAGCAGACAACGCUCUUCGUGUGGCGCUCAAAGCUGUUCGAUCAGUUAUCAACACCACUACCGGCAAACCGCCGGGAGAUCUCCUACUACGAGGAGGUUAUCGUACUCCACUCAGGCAGCUUAAGCUAGUAGAUAACAUGGCUACUGCCGAAGAUGACGACGAGAUAGACGAGGAAGUGCGUGAACGCGAUGCUCAGCACAAGGCAGCAUCCAAGGUGAAUUUCGACGCAGCUCACCAAGCAAAAUCCCGCACUUUGGUGCCUGGACAAGCAGUGUUUGUCAAGCAACCCUCUGGCUCAACUGAGAAAGCUACCAUCGUCACAGCAACACCACAUGAUGCAGUCAUUACGACCGAAGAGGGAGUGACUUUCCGCCGUCAUCUUGACCGUCUGCAAGUGGAUCCGACGGAGGUAGUAGCAACAGCUACUCCGCUAGAUUCCGCAGUUCCAUCAGCUCCCGGCAGUCCAACGGCCACAACACCUAGUACUGUUCCGCCAGCUGCUGGCCGUCCGCAGCGUACGACUCGAAAGCCAAGUCGUUAUCAGUAA